UUUUUGGGUCCCAUUGCAUGUUACUUUACGCCUUCUAGAGCUGUCACAUCCCUGCUCAUUACUGUUCCAAUGAGACGUCUGCUCGCGCGGAUUAUAUUUGGCCGCAGUCCAUUAUAGCCUCGGUUAGAUUGGUAAUUUGACAGUCCGUAGGUGUUUCGCCUCAUGACAUUUGCAAUACAGGCUAUGCGCCCGGAUAUUUAGAACAAACCGAAGAAGGCUAGUCGACAUAAAAUAUGAACGGGACAUUCAGAACUGAAUCUUUCUGCGAAACGUAUCUUUUAAACUAUGCUUGGCAAGUUUGAUAAGCCAUUUGUAACGUACGUUAUCGUUCUCUGUUAACGAUUUAGUAGGCUAGUGACAUGUAUCUAAACUAUAUUUCCAGAGCGCAACAAAAAGUAGGUCGUCCAAAGGAAAACAGAAAACAGGGACAAGGGUAGUUUUCAGUUUUGCGCGCAUAGCAACAGUGUUAACGGUGUUACGCUGGUUUAUUGAUGCUGAUUAGGCUAUUUGGCUAAACCUCAAAACAAUGAACCGAAUAGAGCUGCUAUGCACAAAUGUGUCGCUAUUAAAGCUAUAAUUCAAUGUCGCUAAUUGCAUUUUUACCUCCUAGAUUAUUUUAGCGGAACACAAUGGAGCUUUUAGAAGAGGACCUCACCUGCCCAAUCUGCUGCUGUCUAUUUGAUGACCCUCGAGUUUUACCAUGUUCUCAUAGUUUCUGUAAGAAGUGUUUAGAGGGGAUUCUGGAUGGGAACCGAUCUACCCAAUGGAGACCUCCGUUCAAAUGCCCAACUUGCCGUAAGGAGACUCAGCACAACGGGAUCAACAGCAUCCAGACUAACUACACUUUACGCGGAAUUGUUGAGAAAUACAACAAAAUCCGAAUUCUGCCAAGGAUGUCAAUUUGCAAGCAACACUGUGGCCAGCCGCUCAAUAUAUUUUGUUCAACAGACUUAAAACUCAUUUGUGGAUUUUGUGCAACGACAGGGGACCACAAAGGGCACAAGUUCUGUGCCCUGGAGGAUGCGUACGAGCAAGAGAAGAGAGCGUUCGAUGAGCUUUUGCAGGGAGUAGAAACCUGGCGCAGCGCGGAUACACUAUCCUGCCUGGAGACACUGGAAGCCAGUAAGAAAAAAGCGCUUCAGUUGGUCUCCAGGGACGCAGAUAAAGUAAAGGACUAUUUCGAGAAACUAAUCAGCGCUCUGGACCACAAAAAGAGCGAGAUUCUCUCCGAUUUUGAGACACUAAAACUGGUUGUGAUGCAAGCAUACGAUCCGGAGAUAAACAAACUGAGCGCAGCACUGGAUGAGCAGAGGCGCGCACUCAACAUCGCCGAGUCGUUCAGGAAUGUGACGGACCCACUGUGCUUCCUCCAGCAGAUGCAGGAGUUCAGGGAGAAGUUGCGAGUUGUCCGGGAAACACCACUCCCCUCCCGGACUGACAUGGACGUCGGUCCCCUGGUACGAAACUUUGAUGUCAAAAACUGGGACUCGGUGAAGUUUAAAGACGUGGACAAGCUCUCGGUACCCCACGAGAACGGUUCCUAUCGCUGCAAGACCGCACGUGUGAGCGGCAGAAGUUGGGGGGAACUCGCACUGUUAAUCUGUCUUAUCCUUCUGACACCCCUAGUUUUUUUUCAGGUGGACAACCUCGCUGUCUCACCCCUCUUCUCUUUCCUCAGUUAUGCAUACUCUGAGGCCACGCCCCUUGUCUUAACUCCGCUGGCGCAAAAUCUUCUGGCUUAUCUGAUGGAUGCCUGUCAGAACGGUUACCUGUACCUGAUACAUACCACUGCCGAUAUUUUGGCUUACUGUGUCUUGUCUUCCUCUCCCGGAGUUGCUGCCGCAGCACAGUAUGGCCUGCAUCUCUCUGUAACCCACAAACCAUUCAGUGCUGCUACAGCACCACCAGAACCAGAACCAACCCUCUCUCUCCCUCUCGUCCCUCGUCCUCACACCCCCAGUGUGUGUGUGUGUGCGCAAGAAGGAGAGGGAGUGUGAGGGUGCAUGAAUGCAACACACUUCUUUCUCACACAUACACACCCCUCUUUUCAGACUCAUACACUAUAGAUGCACCCAACACAGGUGUUCACUCUUCAGUUCUCUACGCAUUCAGUCACCAUCUCUCUCCUCACUCCUUUCAAUCUCUCUGCCGACGUGUGUCUCUCUCUCUCUCUCACACACACACACACACACACACACAGUCAUAGGCAGCUGGGCCUGGAGCACUUCUCCCCAUGUCUGAGAGACUCCUGGGCUCAAAAUGAUCUGAAACACAGAAUAGAAGGGCAAUGUAAAUCAACAGUAACAUCCGAAAAGAAAUCAAUAUUGAGUGUGUUAAACAUUUCUGACAUUUGCCAUUAAGGGCAAGUUGAGCACAUAGGUUGUGUGUGUGUGUG